AUGUCUGAUACACAGAGCAACUUGAAUGAGUCCAACAGGCACUUUAGCAACCAUUCUCCACCAGUGCCAACACAAAAUGUACCCCACUGCUCCGCGGUCGGGUCGCCAAGCAUCGUGGAAACGGACACAACGAACAUUGCCGGCAGGGAAAUGAAACCUGAAUGCGAACCGAGUCUGGCCGCCGUUGACAUUAAAUACCACUCUCAAACUAUAUACAGUCCGCAACAUGAUGUCGGGUACGCGAGGGAACAUCAAACAGUCGAAGCCGAUGCGUCAAGUCUUGAAGAUGUGCCAAACCAUCGACGUAUCUCGAAUGGCGUGGAAGGUACACGUUGCGGUACCAUGGAAACAGCAUGCGAGAGACAGCGAGGCCAGGCACUCAAAAUCAGUAAGAAUAGCGGAACAGUUUGUGUUUCUGUUAAUGAUGUUUACAGGGAAGAGCACGAUGAAGAAAGGUCAUAUACAGACAUGGAUCAGAAUGCAUGUUACGCGUCUGUUGUAGUUGUUUCCUUGGAAACCGAGAACUCACCGGCCCCCGAAUCGCUUCAAUCUAAGAAUGUAUUGCAACAUACACAGACAGCUUUUUGUAUCGGGGACGACGUCUUAUCCUUUUCAAGCAGUGGUACGUCCACAAGAGAAAUGUGCAGGAUUUGCUGUGGGGGGCGUGAUACCGGGGAACUGAUGAGUCCAUGCAUGUGUGCAGGUUCGGUGGAAUUUUGUCACAAAGACUGUCUACGUAAAUGGAUUUCCUGCCAGGGUUGCUAUCGAUGUGAGAUAUGUCACGAUAAAUACAUGGUACACACUAAGAUUCCAGCCAAUCUGAAUAAGUGGAAGAGCGUGAAGCUGACAGGAGCGGAGAGACUCCACAUAGCCGUGUUCGUAUUGACUAUUUCUUUCCUCGUGUGCACGCUGACGUGGAUAUCAUGGUCGGCACUAAGCAAUGACCCGGAUGCAAUCUACGAACGAUCCACCGUGGCUGGUCGUGUGUCAUACACAAUCUACGUUCCCAUGGAUAUGUUAUCAUUUUGUAUCAUCGCCUUGGAAAUUAGGUUUGUGCUCUACAAGAUUUGGAGAAGGUGGCUUUCAAUAAAUGCUGACAUUUCUGUGAUUAGUGCACACCAGCGGUUCAAAGAUGAACAAAGACAAAAAGAAGAGACAGUCACGAAUGUACAGUUGACGGGGAAUUUCUCGCGUGAUUAUGUAAAUGUGACAAUUGUUUCGAUGGACGAAGAUGAACCGACCGCCGAACGUGACGCUGAAUUGAACAUAAAUCGUGAAAGAAAACAAACAUGUUAAAUACUUUAUGUAAAUCAUGUGGCCGUGUUUAAUUAAACUAUUUUCACGAAUUUGUAAUAAUAUUCACUGGCAUGU